AUGAAGAUUGAAGGAAACACAUUUGUUAUUACCGGUGGUUUAGGUGGUAUUGGUAGUGAAGUUGCCUCAGGUAUUGUGGAAAAUGGUGGUAAAGUUGCAUUAUUUGAUGUCUUGGAUGAAAAAAUUGGUAAUGAAAAAGCUUUAAGUUAUGGUCAAGGUAAAGCAAUUUAUCAAAAAGUUGAUGUUUCAAAUUCAAAUGAUGUUAAAGUAGCUGUUGAAAAUGUUGUGGAAAAAUUAGGUAAUUUAAAAGGUGCUGUUCAUUUAGCUGCUAUUUCAAUCAAGAGAGAUUAUACAAAUGAUUUGGCUGAUUCAAUUGAAGAUUUUCAAAAAAUGUGGAAAAUUAAUACUUUAGGUACUUUUAUUGUUGAUGCUCAAGUUGCAGAUGCUAUUAAUAAACCAUUGAAUCAUCCAAAUGGUUCCAAUGAAAAGGCUGAUUUUUGGACUACUGAUGAAGAAAGAGGUGUUAUUAUUAAUUUUGGUUCUGCAGCUGCUCAUGGUCUUUAUUCAAGAACUUUAUGUUAUGGUCCAUUAAAAUUAGCUGUUAAUGGUAUUUCAAGAACUUUAUCAGAUUUCUUAGGUCCUUCAGGUAUUCGUGUUAAUACAAUUUCUCCAUCAAUUGUUAUGACUGCUAUGAAUGCUAAAUUAGGUGAUUAUUUCCAAGAUGAUUUAACUUCUCAUGCUGCUUUUCCUCGUGUCCCAGUUCCAGCUAGUGAAAUUUUUAAAGCUGUUAAGUUCUUAAUUGAAAGUACUUGGGUUAAUGGUGAAGAUAUUAGAGUUGAUGGUGGUUGGAGAUUAGUUGUUGAUAGACCAAAAGGUGGUGUUGAUGCUAGAUCAUUAGCUCCAGGAUUGGAAUAG